AUGGCACCACCUACAGGCAAGCGUGUCAAGGGCGUUCAAAUAUUUCGACCCUUCGUUUACGGAACAACAGCACGGCCCUUCGACGAAAAGACCAACCCCAAACCGCCCGGCAUUCCAGAUGAUCACACGCACUCUUGGACCGUUUUCAUCAAGGGCAUCGACGAUGUGGACAUUACGUACUGGCUUCGGCGCGUUCAGUUUAAGCUUCACGAGUCCAUUCCAAACCAUGUUCGAAUGGUAGAAGGGGUCAAAGGCCAACCCUUCCAAAUACACGAGACCGGCUGGGGUGAGUUCGAAAUCACCAUGAAGCUGUACUACGUCCCCGAAUCCUCCGAGAAGCCUCAAACGCUCUAUCACCAUCUGCGCCUGCACCCAUUCGGCCGCACCGAAGAAGAGAAGGAAGCUAUGCGCCUCAACGGCGGCGAGGUCAUUUCCUGGGUAUACGAGGAACAGAUCUUCAACGAACCCUACGAGCCCUUUUACGAUAUCCUCAUCUCGGGCGCCCUCCCGCCAUCGGCUUCAACACUGAAAGACGGCAGCGGCGGCGGCGGCGGUAGUGGCGCCGCGACGCCGACCAGCGCGAACACGCCCGGGGCGAGCAGCAGCAAGGGCGGAAAUAAGAAAGGGCACGAGAGGAGUCACUCGCGGGCUAGUGUGAGCACGAGCAAGGACGGGAAGAACAAUAACGAGUCAAAAGAGGAGCCGUUUGUGAUACAAAAGUCCGAGGGAGGCGUGCUGGAGAGGAGCGCGAUGAUUCCUCUGGUUAAUAGACCCGGGCAGCCGUUCAGUCGGGAGACGGAGCAGUUGGAGAUUCAGAAGCUCAAGGAGGCGAAGCUAAAGGUGGAUGAGAUGAAGAAGCAGAUGAUGGAGGAGUUGGAGAAGAAGCAGAAACGGCUGGAGGCACUGAGGGUGGAGAGCGCUAAGGCUGCCUAG